AUGGCGGAGUCGGAGCCCCUGGACCGCUUCCGCGCCAAGGUGUCGCGAACGGUUCAGUUCUACCUGGACAAGAGCACGCCCCGGAUCGCAGAGCGCUGGCUGGCCCUGGCCGCGCUGAUCGUCGUCUACGCCGUGAGGGUGUACCUGCUGCGGGGGUUCUACAUCGUCACCUACGGCCUGGGGAUCUACAACCUCAACUUGCUGAUUGGGUUCCUGACGCCGCAGUCGGACCCGGGGCUGGAGGGCCCCGAACUGCCCACCAAGGCGGACGACGAGUUCAGGCCGUUCGCCAGGAGGUUGCCGGAGUUCAAAUUUUGGCUUUCGUGCUCCAAAUCGGUCUUGACGGGCCUGCUGAUGACCCUGUUCCCGGUGUUCGACGUUCCCGUCUUUUGGCCCAUCCUCCUGCUGUACUGGGUGGUCCUGUUCAUGGUGACCAUGAAGAGGCAGAUCAAGCACAUGAUCAAGUAUCGGUACUUGCCGUUCAGCUGGGGUAAGGCGCAAUACACGGGCAAGCCGGCACCGAAGGAUUCGAAGUGA